AUGGAGAAUUCCCAAGAUCAACAAGCAACCCUCCCUUCUCAAACCCUUAUAUCUGGAAAUCAUAAUGCUAUUCAAUGCUCUCAGUCUCUGCUACAAUUUAACAUUGAUGCUGCCGCGCAGGAUGCUGUUUUGCGGGAACAAGAACUUGCUACCCAAAAUAUCAUAAGGACCCAGAGAGAGAUGACAAUUACCACAUCACCUUCCAAGGAUGAUUUAGACAUAUUCUCUGCCCGUCAUCACCCCAAUGCUUUGAAGGAAUAUCUCUUGAAUAUGGCCACUGAGCAUAGGUCUGAAAUCGCUCUUAAUCGUGGAAAACCUGCACGUCCACAAGUCAACACAGAAAUAGGCAAUGGAUAUGGUGUACCUGGUGGAGGUGCCUAUAAUGAUAUUCACAAGCUUAACACUGAUCCUGAUGACAGUGCAUUCAGUCGGCCCGAAUCUAAACUUGAUAGAUUUUCAGAGCAGACAUCUGCAGGUAAAGAAUUGCCCGAGUUCCUCAAGCAGAAGUUAAGAGCUCGGGGUAUUCUUAAAGAUGAUAUACAUACCGAAGAUAUUAAAGGUACUUCAGCUGAACUUAGGGGAAAUGAAAAGUUGCCACCAGGAUGGGUGGAAGCAAAAGAUCCGGGAAGUGGUGCAUUUUACUAUUAUAAUGAAAGUACUGGGAAGAGUCAAUGGGAAAAACCUUGCGAAGCAUCCUUAACUGAGCAAUCAACACCGUCUUUGAAUCUUUCGGAAAAUUGGGUGGAAGCAUUGGACGAAACAUCAGGUCACAAGUAUUACUACAAUACAAAAACUCAUGUAUCACAAUGGAAGCAUCCAAAUUCUGCUCAGGAAACUGUGUCAGAUAAAUUGGCCUUAUCAGUUGGUCACGUGGAUGGCCAAUCAUCUAAUUUAAAGAUGUGCAUGGGCUGUGGUGGUUGGGGUGUAGGCCUUGUGCAAGCAUGGGGUUACUGCAAUCACUGCACGAGUGUUUUCAAUCUUCCACAAUGUCAGUAUUUGUCCUCGAGUUUGAAUAAUCAGCAACGCAGUGCUGCAGAUCCCGCUGAAAGUUGUGAUAAAACCGCUACCAAACAGAGGGCCAGUUGGAAACCUCCAUUUGAUAAAGGAAAUAAAAAAAUGAGCAAGAAGCGCGCUCAUGAAGAGGAUGAUGAAUUGGAUCCUAUGGACCCCAGCUCCUAUUCAGAUGCUCCUCGUGGUGGCUGGGUGGUGGGUCUGAAAGGUGUGCAGCCAAGAGCAGCUGAUACAACAGCAACCGGUCCUCUGUUUCAACAACGACCAUAUCCAUCACCCGGAGCUGUUUUACGAAAGAAUGCUGAAAUUGCCUCCCAGAAAAAGAAACCAAAUUCAAAUUUUAUUCCCAUAUCCAAGAGAGGCGAUGGGAGUGAUGGGCUUGGUGAUGCAGACUAA